AUGCGUUUCUCUACUUACCUUGUCACGGCCGUUAUCACCCUGCCCGCUGCCGUGUUAACCGCGCCAACGGGAGUGGUAUUCCCUGGCGACAUUGCAAGCCGCGACAUUUCCGACGUUCAAGGGGCCAACACUCAUACACUCCUUUCACGCGCACCGCGCCGCGUUGAGUUGAAGGAUGAGUGUAGUGCAAGCGGUUACAGUCCCAUCCCUGAAGCUGAUAAAGCAACUUGGUAUCAGGCCGCACGAGAUGCAUUGCGCGACGCUGGCAUAUACGGAGGAACUAUCAUUUAUCCACCGCACGGCGCCGGGCACAGCAGGGAUAGCGAAGAGCAUAUUACAGUCAGGCCUGCCAAAGGCAAAUUAAUGCACGUCUACAAAGAUGGAUCCUACACUUUCGGCUCCGACGUCUAG